AUGAACAUUGUUACGACUCCUUUUUUCGUGAUACUGAUGAUAUUUAUACCGAUGGCGAAGAGCACUAUUCCUGGCACAUUCUUCUGGAAACCUCGAUUAGGGAUCGAUUUGAAUCUUCCAACAACCGAAAAGAAAUUUCGUGCCUUCUUGCCAACGAAGCAUAACAUAGAAGAAGGCGUAGUAGUUCUCAUAGAUGGCUAUAAAAUAGGGAUGACUAUCAUCGCUUUCGCUGCCGGCUUAUCAAGUGCUGACAGCUUUUUACAUCUCAAUCCCAUAUCAGCUUACUACCACACGAACGUUUACCGAUGGGCACUCAGAUAUGUCAGUCUAUUCCCGGUGUGGUUUACCGGCAACGGUGGCAAUUAUUGCGAGACGCUUAGGGUAUGGCGAAGACGUUUCCAUUACAUGGAUCAGUUCGUACCGAAUUGGCUAAGGCCUAUGUUUCCGUACGUCAAAAAAGACGAAUGGGUGAAAGAAGAAAAUGAGUUCAAGAGAUUUAAAAAAUACGCCGAGCCAUCAUUCGGCAAGCACUACCGUUAUCCAUCAAAGAUCUUUCACAACUUCAAAUCGGAAGAAACUAAAGAAACCAUAGAAAACGUAGACGAUUCGUCUGAUUCAUUAUAA